AUGGCCUCGUUCUUUUCGCGCAAGCGGCAUACGGCUCAGCCUCCCGCCGCGCCUCAACCACAAUCGCAAGCACAGCCUCAACCACAACCACCACCCACCCAGACACAGAGCACGGGAUCCAUUGGUCGAAAUCCAGCACCUCCCAGACCACAGCCACCGCCUCAGUCGCUCCAACAACAGCCGCACCAACACACACCAGACCCUCUUGCUCAGCAGCAGCAGCAGCAGCAACAACAACCACAACAACCGCCGUCAAGCUCAGGACAUGCUCAGACUCCCAGCCAAUCAGGAGGCAGCUCUCGCCCCAGGCAGGAUUAUCCAUGGUCUGUGCGUCGCUUGCAGGUCGAGGGGCCUAUGCGUGUGCCCGGCGGGACAACUGCGAGUGUAACAUCGAUGACUGGCCCUCCGUUACCCCGUUACGGACACUCAGUUCCUCUGGUUGCCACUCCCGGCGGAGACAUCUUCGUAUUUGGGGGACUGGUCAAAGACCAAGUCAAGGAUGACUUGUGGAUGUUGCGCGGUACAUGGGCUCCAGAUGCGGGAUCAAGGCGAGCAACCAAGGAGAUGGGCGUCGUAGCCAAUCUGAUGGAGACCACGGGCGAAGCACCAGGUCCGAGAGUCGGACACAAGAGCGCACUUGUCAGCAGCGUGUUGAUCGUGUGGGGUGGCGAUACGCUUGCCAAAGAGGGCGAGAGGAACGAUGAUGGCUUGUACCUUCUCAACUUGACUACGAGGGAUUGGACGCGGGUCGUAACUGUUGGCCCCGUCCCCCUUGGUCGCUACGGCCACGCUGUUGGCAUGUCUGGGAACAAGUUUAUCGUUUUUGGUGGUCAGGUUGAUGGCGAAUUCCUCAACGAUUUGUGGAGCUUUGAUCUCCACUCGCUCGUGCGUGGUACAUCUGCAUGGGAGCAACUUACUCCCAUACCAGGGAACGAGCCGCCUCCUAAGCGUACAGGCCAUGUUCUUGUCACUCACGAAAACAAGAUUUACAUAUUUGGCGGAACGGAUGGAGCUUUCCACUACAACGACACAUGGUGCUUCGAUAUGCAGACUCGUACAUGGACCGAGCUCACAUGUAUUGGAUUCAUACCCGUCCCGCGUGAAGGUCACGCCGCGGCUCUGGUCGGAGAUGUCAUGUAUGUCUUUGGCGGACGCGGUGUAGACGGGAAAGACUUGGGCGAUCUGGGCAGUUUUAAAAUAUCCAACCACAGAUGGUACAUGUUCCAGAAUAUGGGCCCCCAGCCUUCCGGAAGGAGCGGACACGCAAUGUCGACUGCCGACGGGAGGAUUUUCGUUGUUGGAGGCGAGAGUGGGGAGGUUGGACCGACAAAGGACGAUGCAAUGAUGAUCCAUACCAUCCUUUUCAACCCCGUCUUGUUAUCUUUCAACUCGAUUUGCGUCACUUCUGGCCCCAUAAAAACAGACCUCAUCAAAUAUCCCGAAUCCAAACCUGGCUCUGGGCCCCAGCGACGUGCAAACGGGGGAGUCACGUCCCCUCCUCCCGGCCCACAAGCCCAAACCACCCACGUCCAAACGCAAGGCACGCCCCAACGAGGUCUUGGGCUCGGACUGGAAAGAGGGAGCGGUACUCCGGAUGGCCCACGAGCUAGCGGUACGCCUGAUGGACCACGGGGAGGAGUCAGCGGAGAUGAAGGGCGCGACCCCGUCGGCAGCAGCCAGAAGAUCCUCGUCGCCAAGAAGAUAUUCGUCGUCAACAACAACAACAACAACAACAACAAGCAUCAGAAGACCCGCGCCGGCAGCAACCUUCAGAAGACCUGCGCCGAAUCCAACAAAUCGAAGAUCCUCGCCGAGGCGCCCAAUCUGUUGAUGAGCCCCGGCGCUUGCCAGACGAAACAAGGCGCGGCGCGCAAAGGUGUGCCUGAGGAGGUUAGAAGGAUUCGGGAGGCGAAUGCUGUGGGCGGCGGGAGCAGGGACGGACAUGGCAGUCGGGAUGGACAUGCGAGCGGGGGAGCACCUCCUCGACCACCUAGGCGAUCCGAUAUCGAGAGCGCGGACGAGGGAGAUGGCGAACGUGCCAAAAGCCCCGCGGAACGUGCGAGGAGUCCUCAGGGGGCGUUGGAGAGGGCGAGAAGCCCGCAAGAUGCGCUUGAGAGGGCCAAGUCGCCGCAGGACGCUAGGAAUGGACAAGACUCGCUCGGCCUUCAACAAGGGUCCUUGCACGCUCGUACUCCAUCAGACGUCAACCACGCUCGCACUCCUUCCGACAUCAAUCUAUCUGGACACGGUCGGAAUCCAUCCGAAGCUCAGUAUGUUCAGCAUACUCGUAAUCCAUCCGAACUGGUUCAACACGCACGUACACCCACCGAAGCAGUCCAACACGCACGCACGCCGUCCGAGCUCACCCCCGAGCGGGCACGAUCUCCACCAGGCAAGAGCUCCCCGAUCAACAUGGCGGCUGUCACCAUGCGCGCCCAGGGGUCCAACAGCCGAAGCAAUUCGCCUGCCGAGUUGAAGCCGUCCGUGAAUGGACACACCCGCGCUGGAAGCGCCGUUUCGAACAGAGGGUCUCCAUUGAUUCCACAAGAUCGAGCGGGUCCGCUCGGAGGCGCAUCACCCCUUGUCGCAAGCGCGCAGGAAGAAAUCGAAGCGCUGCGUCGUCGAGAUGUGUGGAUGCGUGCUGCGCUGGCGAGAGCUUCGGCUGCUGGGUUCGUGUGGGCUGAUCAAGACCAGGAAGGACUGGGCGAAUGGACGGUCGAAGAUGCCCCCGCCAAGAUGGCGGGUUUGGUUGUCGGGCUGAGGCAGCAGCAAGCCAAGUUACAGUGGUCUUCAUUCGUUGCUCAACUUCAAUCUGCUUCUGAUCGAAUCAACGAAGCGGACCGGAUCAAAACCGCCGCUCUACAAGAAGCCGCAUUUUGCCGUGCCAAGUUGGCGGCGUACGAAUCGACGCUCGAAAACGACCCCGCGAAACUCGAGCGCGAAAAGAGCGCGAAUUUGGAACGGUUGGUUGCUGCUGCUCAGACCGAACGUGCCGUCCUGGAACGAACGUUACUCGAACGUACCGAUGCUCUUGCUUUACAAACUCAACUCCGGGAACAAGCCGAAGAGCGAGCGGCAGACGCGAUUCGUCGUGCAGAGAUUGCAGAGGAAGACAUGGCCCGCGCCGAAGUCGAGCAUCACGAAACGUCCGAGCGGAAUAGCAGCAUCAAGCAGCACGAAGCGGAACAUGCGGCCGUGGUGAAGAAGCUUGAAGAAGCGAGCAUGUUGCGAGACCAGCAUAUGCGCGCGUUGGAGCAGACUCAGCAGGCUUUGGCGGCUACGACUGCCCGAGCAGAUGAUAUGGAGCGUCAGUGGGAGCGAUCGACUGGGAUGAUCCAGUCCCUCGAAGAGGAGCUUGCGCGAGUUCGAAGCGAUCUUGAAGACCGGACGCAAGAGUCCCAGCGUGCAGCCGAUAGGCUCCGGGAUGUAGAAGAAGCGUGGGCCAAGUCCCGCGAAGAGGCAGAUGCGCACCGACAUGCGACCACGUCCAGCUUGGGCAUGUUGCUCGAUUCGCACAAGGAAUUGAUGGCCGACGAAGACCGCGCCAGUCGCGGCCAUGCUGAAAAGGUCCACGAGAUGGAGAUGGAAAUUUCGAGCUUGCGAAAGAUGUUGACCGAGGCUGGAAACCGGAUCACUGCGAGCCAGACCGACUUGGUCGCGCACCAACGCAAGGCCGGUACAGCGGUGGCCGAUGCAGCGGCUCUACGCGCUCAGUUGGAUGGUGUACGGGCUCAAUUAGUCUCUUAUGUGGCCGAACAAGGUCGCCUAAAGCAAGAAAUCGCGAUGAAAGAGGCUGCAGUUCGAGAACGCGCCAGUGCCGCAUCGUCAGCUGAAGUUCGACUCGGAAUGUUGCGCAAGUACCUGGUUGACAACGGAAUCGUUAUCGACGAAGAGGAUAUCAAUGCCGACAAUGAGAGUCGAGGCGGAAUGGUGCGCAUUCAACAGCUCGAGAACGAACUCCGUGAGCGGACCCGAUUGUAUCAGGAUCUCGAGCGCGAACUCCAAGAUGCUGUUCGACGACGGGAGGAUGCCGAAACUCGUAUUCAGCACCUGGCCCAACAAUUGGAGCGGGCCAAAUCAGCUGCCAGUCCCAGUUCACCCGAUGCGGAAGGACGAGCAGCGUCAGCUGAGCGAAAGCGCGAAGAAACCGAGACAAGGUUGAACAAACGGAUCCAGGAGCUCGACCAUGAUUACCAGAUGGCAGUCAAAUACGUCAAGGGAACUGAAAAGAUGAUGCGUCGCAUGAAGGAAGACUAUGCCAAGAGUAAAGCACUAAAUGAGAAGCUCCAGAGCGAUCUGGAUACGCUGCGCGGUAUCACUAGUUCCGAGGCUGGGUCUCGUACACGUGGUGCCACGGGCCGCAACACCCCCUUGUCUGACGAAGGCCACGAUUCCAUCCGUGGUCAGCUUGUCGAAAGCCAACGCUCCCUCCAACGACUGACUACUGACCGCAACGAGCUCAAGCGUCAGAUCGAAGCGCUACAGCGCGACCUGGAGCAAUCACGUGAAGAACUCGUGAUUGCCCAAAACGAAGCCUCGGAACGCGAAGUCCAGAUCGAAGAACUCGAAGCCAAGAUCGAACAUCUCGAACGAUCACUUAUCCUUGCUCGUAACGGACCUGACGAGACUGUCGUCGAGCGUCUGACCAACGAAAACGCUGCGCUUCGACGUGAGAAGGACGCGCUCUCGCACCGGGUUCAUAUUCUCCUCGACGACCAAGGCGGCUAUGGAGAGGAUCGACGAGUGUCCGGUAUCUCGAAGCGCGAAAGCCAGGCAAGCACCGAAAACGGCAUGACCCAGUUCGACUCGUUUGAGGAUUGGCAGCAACGCAUUCAUUCGCGUGCAUCGACCACUCGCGAAAGUGAUUAUGAACCUAGCACGCCUCAUGCCCAGCACGGCAGGACACGCCCUGGCGCUUGA